AAUAUUAUAGGUUGGAUGAAUUGUAAAAAAUUAAAGAAAUAAUUUCUAUAACGUUAAAUAGUGUUUAUCAUUAUCAAAACAACUUCGGAACUAUCAAAACCCUGAAACUGACAUUAAAUUUUUGAGUUUUAAUCGCACCAGCUGGUCGUCAAAUAUAAAAAUGACAACAAAAAAAUACAUCCUUGUCGGUGGAAAGUACGGCAAGCCAAUUGGACUACCGUUGGAAGAAGACGGAACUCUUCUUCUAACAACAAUACAAAGCAUAUUUCCUGACGCAAUAGGUCUUAUUUUUAAUGAUCCUGAAGGUAGAGGAGUGUUUGCAUCCCGAUUCGAUGGCUCACGUUUCCAUCCGGGCGGAUGGUAUAAUGAUGUAAUUUAUUAUUGCGCCAUGCCGAGAUGUUCGAGCAGUUCGAGCAGUAAUAUUGAAAUGAUAUUAAAAUGUAUGGAAAUAAAAUAAAUGUAAAACGGAA